ACCGGUCGUCGCCGUUUCAGUCUAACCGGUGACUGUGAUCGAAGAUGGCCGCGGCGAACGCGACCGGUGCCAUUUUCAAGCGACAUUUUUCGGUGACGUCGCUCAACAACAUCAUCCAAAAUGUGACGGUGAUCGGAGGCGGACUCAUGGGAUCCGGUAUCGCACAGGUAGCGGCCCAAAGCGGCAACACCGUCACCCUCGUGGAGGUCGACGCGGACCGGCUGAAAAAAACCGAAUCGUCCAUAACCAAUAGUCUGACCCGCGUCGGCAAAAAGCUCUACAAAGACGACCCGGGCGCCAUCAAACAGUUCCUAGAAGAGACGAGGAACCGCAUCAGAGGCACCACCGACCUCAAAGAGGCGGUCAAGGACAGCGAUCUGGUGGUGGAGGCCGUGGUGGAGAACCUCAAGGUCAAGCACGAACUGUUUAAAACGAUCGACGAGGUGGCGCCGCAGAAAACCUUGUUCGCAUCCAAUACCAGUUCGCUUUCUAUCGGUGAAAUUGCGGCAGUCACCAAUAGGAAAGACAGAUUUGGCGGGCUCCACUUUUUCAACCCUGUAGCUGUGAUGAAACUGUUGGAGGUGAUAAGAAUCCCGGAGACAUCUGACGAGACUUACGAGGCUCUGAUGGCCUGGGGCAAGGCCAUCGGCAAAGUGUGCGUCACGUGCAAAGACACGCCAGGGUUCGUGGUGAACCGCCUGCUGAUACCCUACCUCGCGGAGGCCGCCCGAUUGCUGGACAGAGGUGACGCGUCCGCCAGGGAUAUCGACACCGCGAUGAAGCUGGGCGCCGGACAUCCCAUGGGACCGUUCGAGCUGAUGGAUUACACCGGUCUGGACACGGCCGUUUUCAUAUUGGACGGUUGGUACCAGAAAACGCAAGAUCCGCUCUUCAAAGUCAGCGAGGCCGUGAAGAAAUUGGUAGCGGAGGGCAAAUUGGGCGUGAAAACGGGAGAGGGUUUCUACCGGUACAAUAAAAACAAGUUGUGACACGCGCGUCUCAUUUAACGGAAAACCAAAAUUUAA